GCACAAGGAACAGAGAUGGCGGCGGCGGCGGCAGCAGCGCUGAGGCGAGGGGUGGCCGGCUGGGCCCGGCGCCGCUUCUUGGGAGGACUGUCGCAGGGGCGGCGAGGCUGCGCCGGAGCCCCACUGGAUGAUACGGUUAAUGGGUUGAGCGAGGAGCAGCAGCAGCUUCGGCAAACUAUGUUCAAAUUCUGUCAGGAGCACUUGGCUCCAAAGGCCCAAGAAAUUGAUCAGCAGAAUGAAUUUGAAGGCAUGAGGGCAUUCUGGAAGAAGCUGGGUGAUCUAGGUGUUCUAGGAAUAACUGCUCCAGCUGAAUAUGGUGGCUCUGCGAUGGGAUACCUGGACCACGUGUUGGUGAUGGAAGAGAUUUCUCGGGCUUCCGCAGCUGUUGGGCUGAGCUACGGCGCCCACUCUAACCUUUGCGUCAAUCAGAUGGUGAGGAACGGCAACGAAGCACAGAAAGAGAAGUACUUGCCCAAGCUGAUCAGCGGGGAGCAUGUUGGAGCACUAGCAAUGAGUGAAUCCAAUGCUGGUUCUGAUGUUGUCUCUAUGAGGCUGAGGGCAGACAGAAAAGGAGAUUAUUUUGUUUUGAACGGGAACAAAUUUUGGAUUACCAAUGGUCCAGAUGCUGACGUCCUAAUUGUUUAUGCUAAAACAGAUCCAAGUGCUGUUCCAGCUUCUCAAGGGAUAACAGCAUUCAUUGUGGAGAAGGGUACACCUGGUUUCAGCACCGCACAAAAGCUUGAUAAACUGGGAAUGAGAGGGUCAAAUACCUGUGAAUUGGUCUUUGAGGACUGCAAGAUUCCUGCUGCGAAUGUCUUGGGGCAACUGAGUAAAGGAGUCUACGUGUUGAUGAGUGGCUUGGAUCUGGAGAGACUUGUGUUGUCUGGCGGACCCCUGGGGAUCAUGCAGGCUGUCCUGGACCACGCACUCCCAUAUUUACAUGUGAGGGAAGCUUUUGGACAGAAAAUUGGCCAUUUUCAGCUCAUGCAGGGUAAAAUGGCUGAUAUGUACACACGGCUGAUGGCUUGUCGACAGUAUGUGUACAAUGUCGCAAAGGCCUGUGAUCGAGGACACUGCAAUGCAAAGGACUGUGCAGGAGUAAUUCUCUACUCUGCGGAAUGUGCUACUCAGGUCGCUUUGGAUGGAAUCCAGUGUCUGGGUGGAAACGGCUACAUCAAUGACUACCCCAUGGGUCGCUUUCUGCGCGAUGCCAAACUAUAUGAAAUAGGGGCAGGAACCAGCGAGGUGCGGAGAAUCAUCAUAGGCCGGUCGUUUAACGCUGCCUUUAAGUAGCGCUGUCAUUCGAGGAGAAUCACACUUCAAACCGAGAGGCCUUUUAUUUCUAAGACUGUAAAGCGCACAAGCAUUUUUCCGCUCCCGCUACCAGAAUGACCACCUCCACUUAUCUCUCGACCUUCUGUUCUCAAUGCAAACCCAACUAGAUUCCCUAAGAACAUGUGAUUGUAUUACAAUUACAGUGGAAUACAGUAGGAAGCUCAAGUGGAAUAUGUGGAUAUCUGCCAACAUGGCUUGCUUAGAAAGGGAGAAAUUUUGUACACUUUAAAAAAGAUUAUCAGUUUUGUGAA